UUUAAUGACAAAGAAGUAAGCAGUCAAAAGUCUUUAUUGCGUACUACAAAUUAAAAAUAAAUAAAUCACAAUAUCCACUGUUUGUGAUUUAGCAAUAUAAUUGAAAAAACUUUAGUUGAUUUUAUAGGCAAAAUUGAAUAUGGAGUUUCAAGCAGUAAUCAUGGCUGCAGGGACAGGCUCAAGAAUGCGAGAACUAAUGUCCUCUGUUCCUAAAUGUCUCCUGCCUGUUGGUAAUGUCCCCCUAAUUAUGUGUUCAUUAAACAUACUGAAAAGAGCAGGCUUUGCUGAGGCAAUAGUUAUAGUCCGAGAGACAGAAAAACUUCAAAUUCAAACUGCAAUUGAAGAUAAAACUGGACUUAACCUGGACAUAGUUGCCCUGCCUAGAGGUGAAGACUGGGGGACAGCAGACAGUCUUCGCUUUAUAAAAGAUAAGAUUAAGCAAAAUGUUAUUGUCUUAAGUUGCGAUUUAGUUUCCGAUUUCAACCUUCAAGAUAUGAUAAACCUGCAUCGCGUCCAGAGCUCUUCCCUCACAAUGUUAUUAGUUCCAUUUCCAAAAUCUUUGAGAGAAGUAGAGAUGCCUGGUUCCAAGAAAAAAUGCAAAUUUGAAAGGGACAUAAUCGGCUUGGAUCCAACAAACAGGCUGAUCUUUAUCAACUCUGAAGCUGAUUUUGAGGAAAAUGUGCCCCUGAGAAUGAAAGUCAUUCAACAGUAUCCAAACAUCAAAGUGCACAGCAAUUUGAUGGAUGCUCACUUAUAUAUAAUACAGAAAGAUUUGAUACACUUUAUUAUGAUGAAUCAGCACAUUUCCACUUUAAAAGGCGAGUUUCUACCUGCAGCAGUAAAAAAACAGUUUAGUCUUAAAAAGAAGAAUCGUAAUAGCGACUUAUAUGACCCUACCGUAGAUAAAGAUUGGAUUGACCUGAAGAGUUUAGCCUUUGAAUUAUCCUCUUGCCAUAUUGCAUCCACGAAAAACCCAGAUGCAGAGGAAAAUCUUGUGUGUUAUUCAUAUGUGGAUAAAGACUGUUUCUGUAGCAGGGUAAAUAAUCUCGUAGCUUAUGCAGAAAUCAAUAAAAAACUCAUUAAACAUUUCAAUUUGGUUACCGGUCAAGAAUUAAAAUCGCACGAGUUUCAAAAAUCGCAAGUGGAUGGCGAGAGCAUCAUUGGAGAUGACUGCGAAUUGGCAGCCAAAGCUUCCGUUAAACAGUCUAUGAUUGGCAAUGAUUGCAAAUUUGAUGAAAGAGCUAAAACUGUCAAUUCUAUUGUUAUGAACAAUGUGAGCAUUGGGAAAGAGUGCAGUAUUCAAGGGUCUAUAAUUUGUUCAAAUGUUGUAUUAGAAGAAAGAUGUAGUUUGAAAAACUGUGUGGUUGCUUCUGAUCAAAUUAUUAAAUCCAUGUCUAAGCUCAAUAAUGAAAUAUUUCAAGGAACUGAACAGUUAAUGCAAAUCUAAUUUGUACUAAAUACAAUAAAAUAUAAAUUAUUUGGGAA